AUGACGAGCAAGGUUACAAAGAAAGUUAGAGAGUCGCACAGUGCAUGUGACGACCAGCAGCAUAGUUCUCGGGCUCGCGGCACUGCAGCAGAGGGAGCGCCUAGUAACGUGGUUCAACCGUCCCUCGGUGAUUUGAAGAAACUCGCAGAAUACACACUCUCCACCCCUACGUCGAACGAGUGCAUUAAUAAACGGCUGCGGUCCACGAACGUGCAGGAGGUGAAGCUGGGGGGACUGCAGUUUCUGUUUUACAAGACGCUACUACUGUGUCUUUACAUGGCAUAUGCGUUCUACCGAUACUUCCAAUACCAGUACAACAGGCUGCGUAUCAAACUACUGAAUCUGGCCUACUCGCCGUCCAAUACCCCGCAGCUGAUCAGACAGGACGUGCUAAAGUUGCAGAAGGUCCCUAAGCGGCUGGCAGCGAUUUUGGCAUACAAGUCUGAAGGGGAGGUCGGCGGUGGCGUCAACGGCUUGAUAAACGACGGAAGCAACGUAGUAUGCUGGACUGUGUCUGCGGGCAUCAAGCACCUGUCGCUUUAUGAUCAUGACGGGGUGCUCAAGGCCAACGUGCACCAGUUCCGCCAGGGCGUGUACGAUACCCUGGCGCGCUACUACGGCCCCAACAACGUCCCCAAGUUCGCGAUACGCAUCCCCCACCUGAACACGGUCUACUUCAACAAGCCGGAGGACGAGACGCAGGUGGCGGAGGAACCCAGCAGGGAGACGCACAAGGUCGCAAUCGAGGUUUCCCUGCUCUCGGUGCGUGAUGGCCGCGAGACCAUAGUGGACCUGACAAAGGCAAUGGCAGAUCUCUGCAAAUCAGGAGACCUCAAGCUUGAGGAGAUCACCAUGAAGCUGGUCGAUACCGAACUCACUCAGCUGGUCGGCGUUGAGCCAGACCUCCUGCUCUACUUCGGGCCGCAUCUGGACCUACAGGGCUACCCGCCUUGGCAUAUCCGUUUGACGGAGUUCUACUGGGAGGAAGACAAUGACGAGGUCAUGUAUUCUGUCUUCAUCCGAGGCCUGAUACAGUAUUCUACCUGCAAGGUCAACCUGGGGAAAUGA